UUCUAUACUUAUUCUUAAGCAGAGUUCAUCCAAGCCUUUAUCGUCAACAAGAAUCUUAAAACAUAAAUAAAUAAGUCACCAUGUCUAUAUGUAAGUGUAUGUAUAGUUUCCCUGCAUAUAUUCAGUUACAUUCAAACCUGUCGGCCAAUUAACUAGCGAAAAAUGGCGACCUCAGCUCCUGCUAAAAUACUUGUUGGCAUCUCAUUGGAUCCAGAUGACAGCAAGGAGGUAUUGUCAUGGGCAAUCAGAGUUCUAACCCAUCCAAAUGACGAAGUCGUUGCCCUACAUGUUCUUGUUGGUAAGGAGACCAAGAAGCGCAGACUGAUGACUAAAGACCAAGAAAAGUUUCGCCACGCAAAAGCUCAUGUUAUAUCUGUGCUUGGAGAAUUUGCUAAGACCUGUCAGUCUAAGCAGGUAAACUUGGAGGCAAGAGUAGGAUUUAGCUCCAGUGUUAGAAAAGGUCUAAUUGAGGAAGCAAAAUCCAUCUCAGCUGACUUUCUUCUUCUUCGUGGCUCCAAAAACCAUUCAAAGAAGGCAUCAAACAAGAUAAAAAGAUACUGUUUGAAGCAUGCCCCUGAAGGCUGUUCAGUGGUUGCGAUAAGGAAACCUAGGCAGCCAAGCUCAGAUUCUAUUCCCUGCGAAAGAAAGGUGCAAAAGCUUUCACCAAUGACUGUUUUAGAAGCACUUGAAGAUGAUAGCUGUAGCUCUAGGGGCACAAAAGUGGCAGGGUCAUCCUCUCCUAAGGUGUCAAAGUUUAAAGGCCAAACCUGCAUAAAGAAACAGAUGUCACCUUACAAAUUGAUCUCAUCAUUGUUUAGUUGUCUACUUGGGAAAAGAAAGGCUAGUUUAUCCAGCAAAGGAAAGGAGAAUCAUUUGAUAAAGUGCUUUAGCUAUGAGGAGAUCUCAAAUGCUACAAAUAACUUCCAUCCAGAUAAUAUAGUUGGUCGAGGCGGGUAUUCAGAAGUGUACCGAGGUUAUCUUCCUGAUGGAAGAGCCAUAGCAGUAAAGAGGUUGGCCAAUGACAACAAGGAUGAAACCAAGGAGAAAGAAUUCCUUGCAGAAUUGGGCAUAAUUGGACAUGUUUGUCACCCCAAUACUGCAACCUUAGUUGGCUGCUGCAUUGAAAAUGGACUGUAUUUGAUUUUCAACUUCUCUGAGAAGGGAACUGUGGCAUCUGCUUUGCAUGGUAAAACAAGUGCGUCACUCGAUUGGCCUAUGAGAUACAAGAUUGCGCUUGGAGUUGCUAGAGGUCUUCAUUACCUGCAUAAAUGCUGUAAACACCGUAUAAUACACCGCGACAUAAAAGCCUCUAAUGUUCUUCUGGUGGAUUAUGAACCGCAGAUCAGUGAUUUUGGUCUGGCAAAAUGGCUUCCUAACAAAUGGACUCACCAUGCUGUGAUCCCAAUAGAGGGGACAUUUGGGUACCUAGCACUAGAGUAUUUCAUGCAUGGAAUUGUGGAUGAGAAAAUAGAUGUUUUCGCAUUUGGGGUUCUUCUCCUGGAGAUCAUUACUGGUCGCCGGCCUGUCGAUUCAUCAAAGCAAAGCCUCCUUUUAUGCGCAAAGCCUCUUAUGGAAUCUGGGAACAUCACUGAACUAGCUGACCCGAAACUCAAAGGGAAAUAUGAUGAAGAUGAAAUGCAUAGAACAGUGCUAACAGCUUGCUAUUGCAUGAGGCAAUCAGCAGUAUGGCGUAAGUGAGGUCCUGAAGCUUCUAAUGACUGGCCACGACUCUGAUGUUCAAAAAAGCUGGAGAAUGCCAAAGUUUACAUCUGAUGAAUUGGAUGAUUACUGUAGGGUUUUCGGGUACGAGGUUCCAUUAGAGGAGGAAAUUUUAUGAGUGAACCUUCUUCCACAUAUUUACAGCUUCAGAUGCUUAUAUUAAAGAAUAUACUCUCUUUUUGUAACUUCGUCCUCCCAUACAUUUAAAUACAUGUUAGGCUUCAGAUUAUAUUGCUCA